AGUGGCCACACCCCAGCCCACCUUGCCCAGGUGCUGCUCCCGCUCCCCGGGGACUGGGACGGAUCAGGGAGCACCUGGAAGGAUCAGGGAGCACCUGGAAGGAUCAGGGAGCACCUGGAAGGGCCGGAGCCCUUGGGAUGGAUCAGGGAGCACCUGGAAGAAUCAGGGAGCAGCUGGAAGAAUCAGGGAACACCUGGAAGGACCAGAGCCCCCCAGGAUGGAUCAGGGAGCACCUGGAAGGGCCGGAGCCCUCGGGAUGGAUCAGGGAGCACCUGGAAGGAUCAGGGAACACCUGGAAGGAUCAGGGAGCCCUCAGGAUGGAUCAGGGAGCACCUGGAAGGGCCAGAGCCCCCGGACUCACCUGGAGGAUCUGGGGGGCUCAGCCACCUCCAGCUCCUCACCUGGGAUGGACCAACUGCAGCUGCUGGAACCUUCUGGAAUGCUCAUGGAUCCCUGCUGGGGGUCCAGGGUUUGGGAAUGUCACCUGUCCCUGCCCUACCUGUAAUCCUGCCCCAUUCCAGGUGCAUCCAGGUGGUCCUGGACCGGUGCCAGGGGGAGCAGAGCCCUCCAGGUGUCCCCGUUGUCCCGGGGGUGUCCUGGAAUGUCACCUGUCCCUGCCCUGAUCCACAAGCUCCAGGUGAGCUCCAGGUGAGCUCCUGCAUCUGGGACCUGCCUCCUCACCCCACCUGUGCUUCCCAAGGACCCCUCACCUGCCUCCUCAUCCCACCUGUGCUUCCCAAGGAACCUGCACCUGCCUCAUCCCACCUGUGCUUCCCAAGGAACCUGCACCUGCCUCAUCCCACCUGUGCUUCCCAAGGAACCUGCACCUGCCUCAUCCCACCUGUGCUUCCCAAGGAACCUGCACCUGCCUCCUCACCCCACCUGUGCUUCCCAAGGAACCUGCACCUGCCUCAUCCCACCUGUGCUUCCCAAGGACCCCUCACCUGCCUCAUCCCACCUGUGCUUCCCAAGGACCCUCCCCUGCCUCCUCAUCCCACCUGUGCUUCCCAAGGACCCUCACCUGCCUCCUCAUCCCACCUGUGCUUCCCAAGGAACCUGCACCUGCCUCACCCCACCUGUGCUUCCCAAGGAACCUGCACCUGCCUCCUCACCCCCCUGUGCUUCCCAAGGAACCUGCACCUGCCUCCUCAUCCCCCCUGUGCUUCCCAAGGAACCUGCACCUGCCUCAUCCCACCUGUGCUUCCCAAGGACCCCUCACCUGCCUCCUCACCCCACCUGUGCUUCCCAAGGACCCCUCACCUGCCUCCUCAUCCCACCUGUGCUUCCCAAGGACCCCCCCCCGCCAUUCCAGCGCCCGGGAUCCGUCCCAGGAGCCCCGUGGGUGCUCCCAGGUGUCCCUCUGGAUGUGCCAUUCCCGGGAAUCCUCUCCUGGAGCACCUGGAAUUCCUCGGUGCCCCCCCCCCCCGGGAAUGA